UUAUUUAUUGUGUUCACUACUCAGUGUUGUGAAUUACAUGAAUAGUUAAAUUAUUAUAUAUGAAAGUUUUUUUAAUAAGUUAUAGCAACUGAAAAAAUAUUGGGACUAUUUACAUUACUUAAAAAAGGUUUAAAAUAUCACAGUCUUCCUUAAUAAAAAUAAUUCGUCCCAAAGACUAUAUUUUCCAAUUUUAGUUAAUAUUUAACUUGAAUCUGAUAUUUCUGUUUCGGUAUUCAAAAUGGUACGAAAAUUAAAAUUUCAUGAGCAAAAAUUGCUAAAAAAAGUAGACUUCAUAUCAUGGAAAGUCGACAACAAUUUAAGCGAGGUUAAGGUUAUGAAAAAAUUUCACAUUCAGAAGAGAGAAGACUAUACAAAGUACAACAAGUUAUCCAGAGAAAUAAGGGAACUAGCUAACAAAAUUAAAGACUUAGAUGCUAACACAGAAUUUAGAACCGAAGCAAGUGCACAGCUUUUAGAAAAAUUAUACCAAAUGGGUCUCAUACCAACACGUUGGGAUCUGGCUCUCGCUAGUAAUGUUCCAGCCAGUGCCUUUUGUAGACGAAGAUUACCCGUUGUUAUGGUGAGAAACAAAAUGUCAGAGAAUCUCAAAGAAGCUACAAAGUUUAUAGAGCAGGGUCAUGUGCGUGUUGGUCCGGAGGUUGUUAAAGAUCCAGCAUUCCUUGUCACAAGAUCUCUCGAGGACUUUGUCACGUGGGUUGAUGGUUCAGCCAUCAGGAAGCAUGUGAUGGAGUAUAAUGACAUGAGGGACGACUUUGACAUGUUGUAAACAUGUUGUAAUAAGAAAUAAAAAAUAUAUUCACAUUA